UCGACUCAAGUCAGUCACAUAAAUUCAACAAAAGUCAACAUGAAGAUGAUCAUUGUCCUCGCCGCCCUCGUGGCCAUCGCAUCCGCUGCCCCCCAACGCCAGCAACAGGAGGUCGUCGUCGUGAAGCAAAUCGAGCACAACAACAUCGGCCUCCCGGAGGGAUACGGCUACGAGUACGAGCUGUCUGACGGCAGCAGCAGACAGGAGCAGGCCCAGUUCGAGAGCGCCACCGACGAGGAGGGCAAGCCCGUCCAGGCCAUCGUCGUCAGGGGUCAAUACAGCUUUGUCGGCGAGGACGGAGUGACCUACACUGUCAACUACACCGCUGACAAGGACGGAUUCCACCCAGAGGGUGCUCAUCUUCCUGUUGGCCCUGUUGCCUAA